AUGGAGACCCAUUCGUUAGGGCGGACGAGGCAGACUCCCGCAGCCAGAAACCACAUCGUCUACACCGACCAUAAGGGGAGGAAGAUUCCAUACGCAGACAAAAUAACUCCGGAGCCAAUCCUGAACAACAACACAGCCAGGGACACAAAGGCGGAAUCGAUCAGAAAUAGUUACAACAGUCAGUUCAAAGUCGGCAUCUAUGGUUGGAGGAAGAAAUGUCUCUAUAUCCUCGUCAUGUCUCUCAUGCUUAUGAUGAUUAUCAACUUGGCGCUGACCUUAUGGGUUCUCAAGGUUUUGGAUUUCAAUUCGGAGGGCAUGGGUCAGCUGCGUAUAGUGCCGGGUGGGCUGCAGCUGCUGGGGCAGGCGCUGGUGCUGGACUCCUUGUUUACAUCCAGCAUCAAGUCUCGCCGCGGACAACCCAUUUCCAUAGAGUCUUCUAGAAACUUCUCCGUUUCCACCCGAGACUCGCAUGGGAUGUUACAAAGUAGAUUAUUUCUAGGUCAUGAUCGCCUGGAGGUGAACGCAGGGCGGUUAGAAGUGCGCGACUCGCGGGGAGCCCUGAUCCUGGGGGCAGGGCAGGACUCUGUGACGGUGGGGGCCGACACUCUGGUUGUGGCCAGCCCUGCUGGGGCCACAUUCCACACUGCGGCCCAGACGCCCCUCGUUAGGGCACCGCCUUCCAAACAAUUAGUUUUGGAGUCUCCGACGCGGUCACUGGAUAUGCACGCGGCGCAGAGUAUAGCACUGGAGUCGCGAGCCGGAGACAUCAGUGCUAGCUGCCUCUCCACCUUCAGAUUGAAGUCCACCGCUGGAGCGAUUCGCCUAGACGCACCGAGCAUAUACAUGCCGAAACUGAAGUCAGCGCUGCCGCUGCCCCCCUCAACACCGCACUCGCACGACCCCCACCACCAGAACAUCUACCAGUUAUGCGCUUGCGCGAACGGGAAGCUGUUCCUCGCCCCGCCGCACGGCGCGUGCGCCGCCAGAGAGGAGAGCCUCAUCUGUCGAUGA